AUGCCGCCCAAGCAGGAGGGCAUGAUCUUCAAGGCCACCUACAGUGGUGUGCCGGUGUACGAGUGCAUCAUCAAAGGGGUCGCCGUCAUGCGUCGCCGCAGCGAUGGCUGGAUCAAUGCGACGCAUGUGCUCAAGGUCGUCGGCCUCGACAAACCCCAGCGCACCAGGGUGCUGGAGAGGGAUGUGCAGAAGGGCACCCACGAAAAGGUCCAGGGCGGCUACGGAAAGUACCAGGGCACCUGGAUCCCCCUCGAGGACGCCAUCCGGCUGGCCGAGACGUACAAUGUCUCGUACCUCUUCGACCCCAUCACCAGCUACGUUCCCUCUGCCGAGUCGCCGCCUCCAGCGCCCAAGCACAUCAUCGCAACGUCUAACCGGGCAAAGAAGCCGUUGCCCGUCGUCGAAGCCGUACGCAGUGGCCGCCGAGCCACGAGCCUCGAGACGGAGUCGGAAUCACCCUCGGGCAUCAAGCCCGACGGCACCGAGGGCAGCAUGUCUGACUCGCCCAGCGACAUCAGCAGCUCCUCGAGGACACCAAGCCCGAUCAUCAACAGAGGCGAGCUGCCCGAGUACUUUGAGGAGGGCGGCGCUGGUGGUGCCACGGCUUCGGCCGGUGGUGCUGGCCACGGCAAUGGGAGUGCGCCCGGCUACCGGUCGGCCAGCUCCUAUGCACGUGGCGGCGGCAGUGGCAGCGGCGCUGGUGCGGCAGGGUACGAAGAGCCGUCGCAGCAGUACGCGGACAUCAUCCUCAACUACUUCAUCUCCGAGACGACGACGGUGCCCCCCCUGCUCGUCAGCCCGCCGAACGACUUUGACCCGAACAUGAGCAUCGACGACGACGAGCACACGGCGCUGCACUGGGCGUGCGCCAUGGGCCGCAUCCGUGUCGUCAAGCUGCUCCUCACGGCGGGUGCCGACGUCUUCCGCGUCAACCUCAAUGGCCAGACGGCCCUCAUGCGUGCGGCCAUGUUCUCCAACAACUACGACCUGCGCAAGUUUCCCGAGCUGUUUGAGCUCCUCCACCGCAGCAUCCUCAACAUCGACCGCAACGAUCGCACGGUGUUCCACCACAUUGUCGACCUGGCCUUGACGAGGGGCAAGCCCCAUGCCGCGCGCUACUACCUCGAGACGAUCCUCCACCGCCUCGCCGACUACGGCAGCCAGCUGGCCGACAUUCUCAACUUUGCCGAUGACGAGGGCGAGACAGCCCUCACGCUGGCCGCACGCGCGCGCUCCAAGCGCCUGACACGCCUCCUGCUCGAGCACGGCGCCGACCCCAAGAUCCGCAACAAGGAGGGCAAGAGUGCCGAGGACUACAUCGUCGAGGACGAGCGGUUCCGGGCCAGCCCCGUGCGCACCGGCGCCGGUGCUGCAGCAGCGCUCGGCGCCGAUGGCACCGUGCCGCUGCCAACGAGCAGCCUCCACACCAGCGAGGCUGGGCAGCGCGCCGGCGGCAAGGCCGUCACACUCAUGACCGCCCUGCUCCACAGCCUGGCCGAGAGCUACGACGCAGAGCUGUCGACGAGCGAGCGCAAGCUCACCCAGGCCCACGGCCUCCUGGCGCAGAUCCAGAGCGAGAUUGCAGACUCGACAAAGACGCUCGAGGCCCUCGAGGCCCAGGGUGCGAGCCGCGACGAGGAGAAGCGCAAGCUCGACGAGGUUCAGCGCGCGCUCCGUGCAGGCGCCGAGAAGCGCAGCAGGCAAGCGAUGGAGAAUGGGUGGAACGAGGCACGGGAGGAGGUCAAGCGCGCGCGCACGGACAAGGGCCUGGCCGGCGACGAUGCGCUCGAGGCCGACGACGACGGCAGCGACAGCCUGCUCAAGCCGUCGGCCAACGUGCAGGCCGACGUAAAGAACCUGAGCGACCAGGUGUCCACGCUCAAAAAGAAGCGCACCGAGCUUCUGGAAAAGUUUGUCGACGGUGCCAGGGAGCAGGGCACCGGCAAGACGAUGGCCUCCUACCGUCGUCUGAUUGCCGCUGGUUGCGGCGGCAUUGCCCAGGAGGAGGUCGACGCCGUCGUCAGUGCCCUCUGCGAGCUCCUCGAGGACGGCGGCGCAAACAACAUUGGACCUGGCGGUCUCAAUGCUGCCAUGGCCUCUGUCAGCGGGGCCCAACAGGCCUGA